GGCUCUGAGAUUUUGUCAUCUUACACCUGUCAGUCACUGUCAUCGUAUUUUGUUGUGAAAAAAAAAACAAAACUCUGAUUCUGUGUAUUGAUCAAAUCAUUAUUAAGUUCUAAAAUUAAAUAUAUUUUAAUAUUUAUUAAAUGAAAAUGAAUUUAGAUUACACAAAAACGUGGGUUUUGCAGUCUGAUGUAUGCCGAUGCUGUCUAGCGGCUAGUGGAACAUGCGAUAUGACCAUCGCUUAUAUUUCCGACUCAGGAAUAAAAGAAAUUUAUCAUGAUAAGUUACAAGAAACGUUUGGGAUUUCUCUACUCCGGGACUCAGGAAGACCUCUGAUAUGCACGCUUUGCGUCACCCAGCUGAGACUGGCCAGCAAUUUCAAGAAGCAGGUAUUGGAUGCUGAGAGGCAGUUCAAUCUCUUCCUCCAUAAUACAGUUGUUACAGAAAAACUACAAAAAGAUAAUCCAAUAAAGGAAAAAGAGAUUAACAAAGCUGAUGAUUCCAAUAAUACAGAAACAGCAAAUUUUGAAAACUAUAAAAAAUCAGCAUUAGUAAAAACACAUAAUACUGAAGCGACUCAAGAGAAAGGGAGAACAUUUGAAAAAUGUAUGGAGAAUGAAAAUGGAGAAAUUACAGAUCCUGGAUACGACUCUGAUACUCCUAUAUCUGUAUUAAUCAAAACUUAUUCUCAAGAAAAAGGUUUUGUUUUUGCAAGUACUGAAAAAGCUGUAAAAGAAAAAAAAAUUGACAAAAAUGAUAAAAAAGAUGAACAUAAAGAGAAAAACAAAAAGAUAUCAGAAAGGAAACGAGUUAUUUUAACUUGCGGCAUUGUGCUAAAAGAUACAACAGCUUGUCCAUUCAGACAUCACAAGAGCUGGUUCCAAUGUUUCUUCUGUCUUGAAGAUUUCAUGGAUAUAAAUACAUUAAAAAGACACACUUUUAACAACCAUAAAGAUAUCGAUGCAGAAUUAAAAAAAAUAAAAUGCUUACCAAGGUCAUUACAAAUUGACAUAUCGAAUCUGCAAUGCCGCCAUUGUUCUGUGACAUUGACAGAUGUCAAUUCGAUGCGACGCCAUCUUGCCGAAGUUCAUAACAAAUUGAUUUAUACAGAACACAUAGCGGAUUACAAGGUCAAUUCAAGUCCGUACUCAUGUCAUAUUUGUAAACGUGAAUUUCACGUUUUCAGAACAUUGACGACACAUCUAAACGAACAUUACCCAAAUUGUAUAUGCGAUGUUUGUGGUAAAUCAUUUUUGAAUACAAAGCGAUUGAAAGUACACAAACGUAUACACGAAAAUGGUGUUUAUCCUUGCAAAGAAUGCGGGAAAGUGUUAAAAACGAAAACAUCUAUAGCUAAUCAUAUGGAAAGUCAUUCUAAACGCAUAAUAAAAUGUCAAAUAUGUUUCAAACCGAUGAAACAUUACAAUGCAAGAAUAAAACAUAUGUCCGAAGAGCAUAAUAUAAGACAUAAAUUCAAAUGUCAUAUAUGUAAUCGAGAAUAUAAUAUAAAACAUUAUUUAGCUACACAUAUAAGACAGACACAUGGACAUAAAAAUAAAAAAUGUUCAGAAUGCCAUAUGGCUUUUAUUACUAACCACGGUUUGAAGAAACACAUGUUGAAACAUACCGGUGAAAAACCAUUUACUUGUACGAUUUGCUUAAAAUCUUAUGCAAGAAGUUAUACUCUAAAGGAGCAUAUGCGAGCACAUGCAGAUAGACGGAUAUGCACAUAAAAUGUACCAGGUCUAAAAGACCUCAUGUUAUUUUACCGGGCUUUUAAGACCUUGUAAUCAUGGAAAGUUGAAACUGUGUCCAGAAUGUGAUUAUUUCCAUAUGUUUCAUAAUAAAUGUUUUUUUUUUUAAAUUAUAUUUGGCGUUUUAUUUACCAGGUUCAAAUUGUAAGGUUUUAAG